AUGGAUCAGAUUGAAUCAAAUCCUGGAGUGCCAAUUCGUGCAAUUCAAGAGGAGCUACAGAGGAAGUAUGAGGUUAGUAUUUCGGGUGACAAAGUUUUUAAGGCUAAAUCUCUCGCAACAAAAAUGGUGGUCGGAGACUGUACUAAACAGUAUGCAGUUUUAAGAGAUUAUGUGUUAGAGUUACAAGCAACAAAUGUGGAUACGACUGUAAAAAUUCAAGUGGAGUCUAAGACUAACUGUAACAACUCAACCAGGCAAUUCAAAAGGAUGUAUGUGUGCUUAGGAGCUUUAAAGAAAGGGUUUAAGAUUGAGAUGAGGGAUUUUUUUGGGUUUGGAUGCAAUGGAAUCUAUCCCCUAGCAUAUGCAAUUGUGGAGAGUGAGAACACCGAUAGCUGGAAAUGGUUUUGGGAAUGUCUUGGAGAUGACUUGGACAUGCAUGCUAACUCAAACUUCGCAUUUAUCAGUGACAGACAGAAGGGUCUCAUACCUGCUAUUGCACACAUAUUUCCUUGUGCUGAACAUAGAUAUUGUCUAAGGCAUAUCUAUGAGAAUAUGAGAAAAGUAUGGAGGAGUACGGAGUACAAGGAGCAUUUGUGGAAUUGUGCUAAAGCCACAACCAUCCCGGAGUUUGAAACACUGAUGAGAGAGUUCAUAUCCUAUGACGUGGAAGCAUAUGCAUGGUUUAUGAAAAUCCCUCCCCAUCAUUGGGCUAGAAGCCAUUUCUCAGGCAGGGUGAUAAACAAGUGCACAGGUCCACUAACACCUACUGGUGAAAGGUUGUUACAGGCAAACAUAUCAAGUGCUUUACAAUACACUGCAAGAUGGAAUGGAGUGAGUAAAUACCAGGUUAAAGGGCCAUGGCAUGAUCAACAUGUUGUGGACAUGGGGCAGAUGACUUGCAGCUAUAGGAAAUGGGAGUUGACAGGCAUGCCUUGCAAGCAUGCAAUUGCAACAAUCAAUGAAAUGGCAGACUGUAACACCCUGUUCUGGAUUAUUUUGUGA